AUGUCAUACCUUUUGAUAAUUUACUCAAAUAAUACCAAUGAUAAUAAUAAUAAUAAUAAUAAUAAUAAUAAUAAUAAUAAUAAUAGUAGUAGUAGUAGUAGUAGUAGUAGUAGUAGUAGUAGUAGUAGUAGUAGUAGUAGUAGUAGUAGUAGUAGUAGUAGUAGUAGUAGUAGUAGUAGUAGUAGUAGUAGUAGUAGUAGUAGUAGUAGUAGUAGUAGUAGUAGUAGUAGUAGUAGUAGUAGUAGUAGUAGUAGUAGUAGUAGUAGUAGUAGUAGUAGUAGUAGUAGUAGUAGUAGUAGUAGUAGUAGUAGUAGUAGUAGUAGUAGUAGUAGUAGUAGUAGUAGUAGUAGUAGUAGUAGUAGUAGUAGUAGUAGUAGUAGUAGUAGUAGUAGUAGUAGUAGUAGUAGUAGUAGUAGUAGUAGUAGUAGUAGUAGUAGUAGUAGUAGUAGUAGUAGUAGUAGUAGUAGUAGUAGUAGUAGUAGUAGUAGUAGUAGUAGUAGUAGUAGUAGUAGUAGUAGUAGUAGUAGUAGUAGUAGUAGUAGUAGUAGUAGUAGUAGUAGUAGUAGUAGUAGUAGUAGUAGUAGUAGUAGUAGUAGUAGUAGUAGUAGUAGUAGUAGUAGUAGUAGUAGUAGUAGUAGUAGUAGUAGUAGUAGUAGUAGUAGUAGUAGUAGUAGUAGUAGUAGUAGUAGUAGUAGUAGUAGUAGUAGUAGUAGUAGUAGUAGUAGUAGUAGUAGUAGUAGUAGUAGUAGUAGUAGUAGUAGUAGUAGUAGUAGUAGUAGUAGUAGUAGUAGUAGUAGUAGUAGUAGUAGUAGUAGUAGUAGUAGUAGUAGUAGUAGUAGUAGUAGUAGUAGUAGUAGUAGUAGUAGUAGUAGUAGUAGUAGUAGUAGUAGUAGUAGUAGUAGUAGUAGUAGUAGUAGUAGUAGUAGUAGUAGUAGUAGUAGUAGUAGUAGUAGUAGUAGUAGUAGUAGUAGUAGUAGUAGUAGUAGUAGUAGUAGUAGUAGUAGUAGUAGUAGUAGUAGUAGUAGUAGUAGUAGUAGUAGUAGUAGUAGUAGUAGUAGUAGUAGUAGUAGUAGUAGUAGUAGUAGUAGUAGUAGUAGUAGUAGUAGUAGUAGUAGUAGUAGUAGUAGUAGUAGUAGUAGUAGUAGUAGUAGUAGUAGUAGUAGUAGUAGUAGUAGUAGUAGUAGUAGUAGUAGUAGUAGUAGUAGUAGUAGUAGUAGUAGUAGUAGUAGUAGUAGUAGUAGUAGUAGUAGUAGUAGUAGUAGUAGUAGUAGUAGUAGUAGUAGUAGUAGUAGUAGUAGUAGUAGUAGUAGUAGUAGUAGUAGUAGUAGUAGUAGUAGUAGUAGUAGUAGUAGUAGUAGUAGUAGUAGUAGUAGUAGUAGUAGUAGUAGUAGUAGUAGUAGUAGUAGUAGUAGUAGUAGUAGUAGUAGUAGUAGUAGUAGUAGUAGUAGUAGUAGUAGUAGUAGUAGUAGUAGUAGUAGUAGUAGUAGUAGUAGUAGUAGUAGUAGUAGUAGUAGUAGUAGUAGUAGUAGUAGUAGUAGUAGUAGUAGUAGUAGUAGUAGUAGUAGUAGUAGUAGUAGUAGUAGUAGUAGUAGUAGUAGUAGUAGUAGUAGUAGUAGUAGUAGUAGUAGUAGUAGUAGUAGUAGUAGUAGUAGUAGUAGUAGUAGUAGUAGUAGUAGUAGUAGUAGUAGUAGUAGUAGUAGUAGUAGUAGUAGUAGUAGUAGUAGUAGUAGUAGUAGUAGUAGUAGUAGUAGUAGUAGUAGUAGUAGUAGUAGUAGUAGUAGUAGUAGUAGUAGUAGUAGUAGUAGUAGUAGUAGUAGUAGUAGUAGUAGUAGUAGUAGUAGUAGUAGUAGUAGUAGUAGUAGUAGUAGUAGUAGUAGUAGUAGUAGUAGUAGUAGUAGUAGUAGUAGUAGUAGUAGUAGUAGUAGUAGUAGUAGUAGUAGUAGUAGUAGUAGUAGUAGUAGUAGUAGUAGUAGUAGUAGUAGUAGUAGUAGUAGUAGUAGUAGUAGUAGUAGUAGUAGUAGUAGUAGUAGUAGUAGUAGUAGUAGUAGUAGUAGUAGUAGUAGUAGUAGUAGUAGUAGUAGUAGUAGUAGUAGUAGUAGUAGUAGUAGUAGUAGUAGUAGUAGUAGUAGUAGUAGUAGUAGUAGUAGUAGUAGUAGUAGUAGUAGUAGUAGUAGUAGUAGUAGUAGUAGUAGUAGUAGUAGUAGUAGUAGUAGUAGUAGUAGUAGUAGUAGUAGUAGUAGUAGUAGUAGUAGUAGUAGUAGUAGUAGUAGUAGUAGUAGUAGUAGUAGUAGUAGUAGUAGUAGUAGUAGUAGUAGUAGUAGUAGUAGUAGUAGUAGUAGUAGUAGUAGUAGUAGUAGUAGUAGUAGUAGUAGUAGUAGUAGUAGUAGUAGUAGUAGUAGUAGUAGUAGUAGUAGUAGUAGUAGUAGUAGUAGUAGUAGUAGUAGUAGUAGUAGUAGUAGUAGUAGUAGUAGUAGUAGUAGUAGUAGUAGUAGUAGUAGUAGUAGUAGUAGUAGUAGUAGUAGUAGUAGUAGUAGUAGUAGUAGUAGUAGUAUAGUAAUCGGAUUAGUUCAGAAUAGAAUAGUUAGUAAACAAGUUAGAUAA